AUGAGCGGCCUAGGAGGCUUGAAUAAGACGACGGGAGGGAUUGUCAUUGCUGCCGUUCAAUCACAACUCUUUCGUGUUGGCAACCCCAAAGACCUGGCAGAUGCAACGAAGCAUGUUUGUAACCUGGUCAGGCGCGCAAAACGGGAAUACCCAGCCGUCGAUCUUGUGCUCUUCCCUGAGUACUGUAUCCAUGGACUCUCAAUGGCUACGGAUGAGAGUAUAAUGUGUACUAUGGACGGGCUAGAAGUAGCAGCCUUUCGACAGACUUGUCUCGAGGAGCAAGUGUGGGGUAUCUUCAGCAUCAUGGAGAAGAACACCCUCUCGGUCGACGCAAUGCCGUGGAACGUAGGCAUCACCAUCAACUCUAGUGGAGAAGUCGUCAACUACUAUCGCAAACUACACCCUUGGGUGCCCGUGGAGCCGUGGUAUCCUGGAAACCAAGGACUAUCCGUUUUCACAGGCCCAGGUGGUGUCAAAAUGUCUCUGAUCAUCUGCCAUGACGGCAUGUUUCCAGAGAUGGCGCGGGAGGCCGCCUACCUCGGAGCAGAGGUCAUGUUUCGCACAGCAGGAUACACCUCACCCAUUCGAAAGAGCUGGGAGAUCACGAAUCGGGCCAAUGCUUUCACAAACCUGAUGUACACGGUUAGUGUUGCGUUGGCAGGGGCGGAUUCUACCUGGCGCAGCAUGGGCCAGGCGAUGUUUUGUGGCCCUGAGGGUGACAUCAUAGAACAAGGGGAUGGCACAGCUGACCAUAUCGUUGCUUGCGAGAUACGCGUCGAGGAGGUGCGACGGAGGAGACGGGAGUGGGGAGUCGAGAACAAUCUUUUCCAGUUGGGACAUCGGGGAUACGUAGCUGUGAAAGGUGGAGCAAAUGACUGCCCUUACACCUACAUGAGGGAUCUCGCGAAGGGGACAUACGCGCAGGCCGAGGCAAGUGAAGUCAUGAUUAGAGACGGAACAGUUUGCGGGUUCAAAGAGCCAACUUGUGAAUACAAGGAUGAAUCAUAA